GGGAGGGGGGCGACGGGUUAAGAAGCAGCUCGGAAGUGACGCGCCCGUCCGCCGGCUGAGCGGAGACAGAGAGACAGACGGAUUGACUGACGGAGAGGUCUGCGACGGAGGGCGACAGCGAGAAGCCGCCGAUCAUCUCCAAACUUACAUUUCGGAGCGUCUGGAGCGCCAGUGGCUGGUACUGUGCAAGAAAAGAGUGCCGGGGAAGGACAAAAAAAACCACUGUCCCUGAAGAGGACAGCGACCGAGCUACCGGGAGCGAAGACCAUGUGCGCCACACCAGGCAGGACUGCGGCUCGUUAACGUCCCGAUCCUGGAAUCCCUUCGGAGCUUCCCCGGAUGUUUGGAAUGAAAUCGGAAUCCCAGGUGGGAGAAAGUGGCUUGUGACUGACCCCUCAUCGCCUUAAGCUUCAGGUCACAACCCAAGGGCAAAGGCUUGGAGGUUCUUUGGAAUUACCAGCCUCUCCUGGUCACGUUGAAGUUUUGGAUCACGGGAUGGCCAAGAAAAACAGUCAGAAGGACACCUCGGGCGUGGUGUUCGACACCCACUCCAAGAUGGUCAUGUCGCAGGGCGGCACUUUUGAGAAGAUGAAGGAGAAGAUCAACGCCGUGCGGGCCGUCGUCCCCAACAAGAGCAAUAACGAGAUCGUCCUGGUGCUGCAGCACUUCGAGAACUCGGUGGACCGCACGGUGCAGGCCUUCGUGGAAGGCUAUGCUGUGGAAAUCCUGAAGGAAUGGAAUGUCACUGGGAAAAAGAAGCCCAAGAAGAAGAAAAAACCCAAGCCCCAGGCCGAGAGCAGCGCCGGGCCCGGGCUGGGGGACCCCUCGCAGCCCCCCGACACGCCCACCGACAAAGACGGACUGAACGGCUCUCCCGCAGGGACGGAAGUGGAUGAUGGCAAGGCCAGAGCCGAUGCCCACGUGCCCCGGGCGCACCAUCUCCCCAGAGGCCCGGCUGGCAAGCCCCGGUCCCGGCCCGGCUCCCAGCCGUCGUCGGCACUCUCGCUGGCGCUGCCGGAGGACGGCCAGCACCCCUCGGCCACCAGCAAGCGGAUCGCGUCCAACAUAGACAAGUCUGUCAAGGACCUGCAGCGCUGCACAGCCUCACUCACACGAUACAGAGUGGUGGUCAAGGAGGAGAUGGACUCCUCUAUCAAGAAAAUGAAGCAGACCUUCGCAGAGCUCCAGAGCUGCCUGAUGGACCGGGAGGUGGCCCUGUUGGCAGAAAUGGACAAGGUCAAAGCAGAAGCCAUGGCGAUCCUGGAUGGCAGGCAGAAGAAAGCCGAGAUGCUGAGGCGGCUGACGGACCAGGCGGGCUCCAUGUCCGAGGAGCAGCUGAGCGAGCUGCGUGCCGACAUCAAGCACUUUGUGAGCGAGCGCAAGUACGAUGAAGACCUGGGCCGCGCGUUGAAGUUCACCUACGAGCUGGAGCCGGCCAAGAAGAACAUCAUGUCCUUCGGAUCAGUGUACCAUCCUCAGACGGGGUACUCCAGCCGCUCCCGCUGCAGCUCAGCCUCCUCCUCGCUCACUGGCCCUGGGACCCCCGAGGGACCGCCCCCGCCCCUCCCCCAGGCUUCGGGGUACGGCCCCCGAGAGACCGGGGCUCGCCCCGCUCCGGCCCACAGACAGGGCUAUCAAGGCAAUCGCAGGCCAGGCCAUGGCUACCAGCCUGGAGGACAGCAGCAGUCCAACAGUGCCUCCCACCCAGACCGCAACCCCAACCGGACCAGCCAUCGUUACCCCGGCAACCGAGGCCAAGGGGCUGCCCCUCCCACCUCCUCUUCCUCCCUGCCCUCCACCAACGGCUCCGCCCAGUCCCUGCCCCCUCACCAGGACCGGCCCACCCCCAACGGCCUGCCCCAGCGCCCCCCCCGGACACACUGCCCCUGACACGCCCCUCUCCCCGGGACUGGAGGAAAGCACCUCCGCCUGACCAAGUUCCAGAACAACUCCAGUUUACAUCCUCCGAGCUGUAGUGUCGCCUUCGGUCCUCCCGCCCCGCCUCCCUCUCCCUGCUCCUCUGCCGCUGCUCCUGCUCCCUCCUGUCAGGAGAGCCGUCACGGUUGUGCCAGUCGCUGCUCUUCACGCGGUCCGGUGCCCUCCCCCCACCUGCUGGCGUUGGGUGGGAACUGGCAUGAAGUCACCCAGCAUUAGAAUCCUUCACUGCAGACUGGCUUUAGCUCUGUGAGUGUUUGUAUAGGUGCACAUUUGAAAGGCCACCUAAUGGGGGGGGGAGGUUUUACAUUUUUACUCAAGCUUUGCUUUGCCUUGUCUGUCACUUCCUCUCCCUACAUGACCCAGUGGGAUGGAGUUUUUUCCCAUCAGUCCAGUUAGAUGGCCAAGUUGAAUUUUUUGCCUCUCACUAAGCUAGUAUCUGCAGUGCGCGUCGGUAACCUUUACCUCCCUUAUUUAUUUUGCUUUUCUACGUCACGGGGCUUUCAAACUCUUUUCCUAUAGAACCACCAUGCUUGCGUGUUUUGAGUCCUAACCUCUGCCGUUCAGUGACUCUGGUUGUUUGUGCAGGAUUGCCACUGGAAUUUGGGGGGGCUGCCUGCGGCCCUGCAGGACUGGAGUUUCACCCCCUGUGUCGAAGCUUUGCAAAGCACCUGAAUGAAUUGAAGGGGGUCUCAGUCGGAGUGCGUCUAUGCUGGGAGUCUCCAUGUCCUCCACAGGAAUGUUCAUCUAGACGAGCAGGCACUCGCCAUUGCAUCGUUCCUGUUUGCCUUGCCUCAUCAAGCUUUAGCUAAAAUAAUUGUUGCCUUUUACGGGCGUGUGCGAUCACCCUCGGGAGAGAUGUCUGUUUGAGCGCCAUGGGCUUUAGGUACACCCUGCAGUCUUCUUGGAAGAUGUUCGGCUCUUCAGUUGGAGAGGCAUGCAUGGGCCAGGUUUCCCGACAAGCAGGCGAUGGGGUCACCAUGGCCUCCGAAAGCCCGACCGUGAGCUACUGCUUUAUUUGGCCGAAAGGCCAACUUGACGAGAACAGUUCUAAUCCCAAAACUGAAGUUCCCUGUUCUUGAUGGGAGUCAGGGUUUGUGAUGAAGAUUGGUUUUGUUCUUUGGAAAUGCCUGACUGUUCUAGUGUGGGAAAGGUGAAUGAAGAUAAUACCACACUAUGUAGAGCAUGCUUUUGAAGCAGUGAUCCUCUGCAGGACAGGGUGAACUUUACCUCACCAUGAUUAUCCUGUUUACGCUGCUUGGCUUAAAAUGCUAUCGAUUUGUGUUACAGUCUGGUGUUACAAGGUUGAAGAGCAAAGCGUCUGUCACACUGGAUGUGGAGCCAUCUCAAAUAUUUGGGGGGGUGGGGGGAGAUGAUGGGGAAAUUGCACAGAAAUAGCUUAUGUUUAGUAGAGGUCAGUGAUCUUUAUUUUGAACUUGAACAACUGAAUGCAGAUAUUCAGCUUUUUUAGAAUGUAGCAGCAGUGUUAGAUUUUAUGUUAGAAAUGUUAGUUUCAGUUGAAUCAUUCUACAAUUAGUGUGUAGUGUCACAGCGGUAGUUUAGCUGUGCAUCUUUAAGGCAGUUGCAAGGAUCUGUGUGCAUGCAUCUGCUAUUCAGUUAUUCUUAAAGCUAGUUUUGCAGAUAUGGUUAUUUGCCAGUCAGUGUUUCUCUGCAUUGUUGCUCAUUCUUACAUUCUGUAACGGCUGAAUUCUUCUUGGCUUGGCACUAGUUAGGAUUAACAAAAGUCGGAGUAGGAAAUAACUUAGUCAUCGUACAUCCCUUCUUAGCCUAACAUUCAGGAGUCCACUCCAUUUAUUUGUACCACAGACUUCACGUUAGAUUUUUUUUUUUGUCUGCUCUUAAGGGCUCGACCUGUUCUCUGAGGUGCAAGGUGUCAUUUUUAAUUAGAUGCCAAGCUGAGUGCUGUUUUUGAGCUGGAUUGAUCAGUGAUCAGCAAACUGGCCUCAUUCUUAAGCAAUAUAUAAUGGAAAAAUAGGGUAAUAAGUACUGCUGAGCCUGUGCGCUUGUGUUUAGGAUGCCUUUGCCUUCCAAGAGAUGUUUGCACAGUUGCAUCCUCACUGCCUCCAUCUUUUCUUGGCUCUGCGGCCAGUAGCCUUAUCCUUCUUCCCUCGCUGCCUCCGAUCUCUCGUCUGUGGCAGAAUGUGUACGUCGAGACUGCGAGCUGCUCUGGCAAGUUUGAAUCCUUGCUACUUCGCCUUCAAUUUUCACAAUUCAUGCUCAUGGCAGGAGUUUUCCCAGCUUUGUUCAAUACAGACAGGUUUUGAUGAAAUGGAAAUCACUUGUAAAAUCCCUUUUGGCUGAAAGUUAAAACAAUCUCCCCAUCCCCCCCACUAUAAAACUCACUACACUUGAAAUUGCUAAAACCAUGUAGGAGCUAAAUGUGUUUUUUUGGGGGGAGCAUUUCAAAACUGCAUGAUUGGCCACCGAUGCAGGAUUGGCUAACUGCAGCUCGUUCUCCUACUGGCCUUGCGGAUGUGUGUGUGGAUGCCCUCGCCCGGGAGGUUCUGAAAGUGUCCUGCUGUACAUGCCUCUGGCCUCCUCUACGCCUGCUAGGAAUCGGAACCCUUUUCCCUCUUCUCUAUGCAUCUGAGACAGCUCUAAAAAUAGAAGUGCCUUCUGUCAUCUCCCUAGAUCCUUACAUUCCUCCCCCUCAUCCCCAAAACUACGGACCAAAGACACCCUCUCUUCCACUAUGGCUCCAGCACACCAGCCCUGGACACCAUCCGUUCACAGACCAGAGUGGCCAUGCUCUCCUCGACUCUUCUCAUUACUGUUAUCAACUAUUAAUAUUAAAAUUGUUAGCAAAUGUA